AUGUCGGUUACCGGAGCCAGCUGCAAGAGGCAAAAGGGAAAGAGAAAGACACAGGAGCAAUGUUUGUUGGAAAGAAUUAUCACUUUAGGAGGAUUCUACACUUCUGAAGAACCUGAAAUCAAAUAUACUGUGAAUCCAGAGUGCUUUUUAAAUGUUACUGAGAUUAUCCAAUAUCACGGAUACCCAAGUGAAGAACAUCAUGUGGAGACAGAAGAUGGAUACAUCCUUACAGUCAUCCGAAUACCUCAUGGAAGACAUAAUGGUUCACGGCCUACCAUAUUUUUACUACAUGCUGUGCUUGGAGAUGCUUCUCAUUGGGUUUCAAACCCACCUCAAAAUAGUUUGGGUUUCAUCUUAGCAGAUGCCGGCUAUGAUGUCUGGCUUGGGAAUAGUAGAGGAAACACCUAUUCUUUAAACCAUAAUAACCUGAAUCCCAAGGAACAGAAGUUCUGGGAAUUUAGUUUUCAUGAGAUGGGAUACUAUGACAUUCCUGCUGUCAUCAACUUCAUCCUGAAGAAAACUGCCCAAGAACAACUAUAUUUCAUAGGACAUUCUGAAGGCUCAACAGCAGGAUUCAUCGCAUUCUCUACUUGGCCAAAAUUGGCUGAAAAAGUCAAGGUAUUUUUUGCCUUGGCACCUCCAAUCAUAGUCUCAUUUGCUACAACUCCUGUCACAAUAUUGGCACGGUUUUCUGAAACAACAUUUCACAUGAUAUUUGGGAACAAAGGAUUUUUUCAGUAUCCUACGUUCUUAAGAAAACCAUUCACAACACUCUGUGUUUAUCACCCUCGAUUAUGUGCCAGCGUUCUAUUUUUUGUGGCAGGAUAUAACGCCCCAAAUUUAAACAUGAGCCAACUUGAUAUAUAUACAGCACAUAGUCCCGCUGGAACCUCGGUACAACAUGUUCUUCAUUGGUGUCAGCUAUGGGUCUUGACUUGA